AUUAUAUAUAACAAGUAAAUAAAUUUGAAUGCUAUCAUAUAUGCAUCAUUGUUUGUAAACAAAUUUAUGAGACAAUGAUACCUCAUUCUAUUUACUUGUUACAAUCCUGACCACAUGAGCAUUCGCAAUAACUGAUGAAUCGAACAAGUAGUGGGGUCUUUCUCGCGGAUGUUGAUUACUGUUUUGGUGAAUGUCGCUAAAACUUACCCGGUAAACUUAUAAAAAACAUAUUGCGUUUAUGAAGCAUAAAAUAUAAAAGUGCAUUACAAUUAUUUAUAAUAAAAGUUAGGGUAUUUCGAUAUUAGUGUCAUUAUAAAAUAAGUGCGAGUAUCGCGAUAAAAUAUUAUUGUUUUGUGAAUCUACUAAUAUAAGAGAGAUAAGGAGAGUGUAGAGUGUAUGCGAGUGCAUUUAACAUACUCACACAAUUGGUAUAUUCGGCAUGUUCGUGUACAAUGGCAACCUUGACACUUGGUGAUCGUUUUUGGCGGCUUCGUCCCGCUUCUACUGAAAUCGUGUAGGAUCGCGUCGCGAGUGAAAGCAGCAGUGGCCAUUCUGUAAAAUCUUUAAGAGUUUGGCAGUAAAGAAUCAUUAAAACAUUUCGCGCUUCAGAUUAUAAUAUCUCACUAUUCUGUUUGUUUUCGUGAUUGUAGUUUCGUUCGUGAAAAUGUUCGUAUAAACUAUUGUUCUUAAAGGAAACAUAUCACACAACAAAAUCACAUCAAAUAUUUUGCGCAUAUACUGGAAAUUAAGAAAAAUAAACAGUUAAGAUGUAUCUUUUUACAGUGCUAUAUAUAAAAUAACUAUUACGUAGUUCAUAUAUAAACAGCAUCACGUGAAGUUAAUAAAAAAAAUAAAAAGAGACAAUGUUUAUGUGAAUAUUAAAAGUGCUUGACUAUUUUACAUAUUAUAAAUCGAAUACUACUUCUAUAAAAUAGAAAAAAUGGCACAAUUAAAGCAGCAACUUCCACUUCAAAUGCCAGAUUUAAGUAGUCUUCGUAUAACUACAGCUGUUUCUAUGCUUGGUAAAGCAUAUGGAUGUGGACAAUGUAGUGCUCCCCCACCUGGACCCACAACAAGUUCUUCUGUUGGAGCAGCUGGAGCAACUGGAAGCAGUGUUGUAGCUUCUAGUUCUUUAGGCCUUGUUUCCACACAACAAACACACACUCCUCCUCAACCUCCUGAACUGCCAAGUAAGAUUUUAAAAAUUAUUUUAUGUUUAACAACAGAAAAAAACUUUGUUGAUUUUAAUCAGUAUAUUAAAGUGGAUAUCAAAAGUAUGUCAAAAAGUAUUUAUUUUAAACUUAUUUAUAAUAUUUUUACUUUUAAUUAAUUAAUAGGAUAUGAA